AUGGCUACUCUGCAAUUAGCCUCAUGGGCAACCAACCUCACCUGCGCUCACCUGACUACUGGCGUCAUUGAUGCCGCGACCAAAAGCCUGUACAACUGGGCCGGCUGCGCCAUCGGAGGCUACAUUCAGGAUGCGCCUCGGAUCGCCCAAAUGACGACCCUGUCGCCGUUCAGCGGCCCACCGACAUCCAGCAUCCUCGGCGCCAACUCGUCCAUCAGCGCCGGAUUCGCCGACGCCCAGGUCGCCGCCUUUAUCAAUGGCAUAGCGAGCCACGUCGACGACUACGACGACACGCACCUCGAGACCAUCAUCCACCCGGCCGGUGUGGUGGCCAGCGCGCUGCUUGCCGUCGCGGAGUGGAAGGCACCGGUCUCUGGCCCCGACUUCGUCACGGCGUUCGUCGCGGGCGUCGAGGCUGAGUGCAAGCUCGGCCUGUCUGUGUAUCCGGAGCACUACGAUGUCGGGUGGCACAUCACGAGCACCACGGGGUCGGUCGGCGCGGCUGUCGCGGUGGGACGGCUGUUGGGGCUCGGCACCACGAAGAUGCAGCAUGCCAUCGGAAUCGCCGCGACGCAAGUGGUCGGCAUGCAAGAAUUCUUCGGCUCCGACACGAAAUCGUUCCAUGUCGGGCGCGCGACGCAGGGCGGGAUGAUGGCGGCGCUGCUUGCGGAGAACGGGUAUACGAGCUCGCUGCAGGCGCUCGAGGCAAAGUUCGGGUGGCUGCAUGUGGUGAGCACGAGGGAGAACGCGACGGCGUACUUCGACCAGCUGGGCCGGGUGUGGGAGGUGGAGAAGAACACGUUCAAGCCCUUCCCGUGCGGAAUCGUGAUGCACCCCUCGAUCGACGCGGCCACACAGCUGCACAAUGAGACCUUGGCGCAGGGCAAGAGCUUUGGCGACGUGCAGAGCAUCCAGUUGAGGGUCAACCCUCAGGUGCUGGUGUUGACGGGCCAGACGGACCCGCAGACCGGGCUGGAGGGCAAAUUCAGUAUCUAUCACGCUACCGCCGCCGGGUUGUUAUAUGGUGUCGCCACUCCGACUCAGUUCAGCGAUGCGGUGGUGCAGAAUCAGACUGUCAUCGAUAUGAGGAAGAAGGUCAACGUGACAACCGACAGUGCAGUGGACAACGCUCAGGCGUACGUGACGGUCAGCUUCAAUGACGGCAGCAGCCUGAGCAGGCACAUUACAAACGUGAUUGGCAGCCUUGAGAACCCGUUGACUGUCGCGGAUCUCAAGAAGAAGUUCUUGGACCAGGUCAGCAUAGCUAUUGGUCCGGACCGGGCGGCGAGAGCGUACGAUGCCUUUACGAAUAUCGGCAACAUGACUGAUGUUGGGAAAAUAAGAAGCAUGUUUUAA